CACACACAGGGUUGGUUUUUUUUCUCCUUGUUUUUCCGCUUCCAUUUUCUCCUCCACAGCUGUGAAAAGAGAAAGACUUGAUCAACAACAUGACUGAAGCCUCAGAAGACAUGGAAACUCAGGAGCAGGCAGAGAUAAUAGCGGUGACGACUUUCACAGAGGGCACAGAAGGGGCUGAAAUGAAGAAUGUCAUCCAGCAGAGCAUGGCAGGGGGAGAGAAACCGCUUUAUCGCUUCAUCAGGGGACAACCGGGCCACGUUGGGAUUGCAGUUCUCAUGUUUGGAUGUGGGGAAUUGCUGUGUGGCAUGCCAAUGAUUGAGACAGCUCAGUUCAUCCAUAGCAGUUCAGUCAUAUAUCUGCCCUUCUGGCUUGGAGUCCUGUUUAUCAUUUCAGGAAGUCUCUCCAUUUAUACGGGGAAGUAUCCUUCCAAAUCAAAGGUGACUCUGUGCCUGGCCUUCUACAUAGUGAGUCUAUUGGGGAUAUUUGUGUCCCUGAUUGUGAGACUGAUUUUCUUAAUUCUGCGACUGAGUUGGUUUCACGAAAAAUAUUCGCGUCAAGUAAAGGGCAUGGUAACGAGCUUGGAGGCAGUGUUACUCAUGUGCUCCGUGUGCGUGUUUGUGCUGCUCUGUUUCCUCUGUUCUAUAGCCAGGGCAGCUCUGAAAUCCUCCAUGACCAGGGUCAUUGUUCACCAAACACUACCUGCAAGUCAGACGGACUCAUAG